ACUAUGUCAUCUAACUCUAUAAAAUCCGUACACUUCCUGCAACUUUGACACAACUUUGGAAACAAAAAAAGAAAAACACAAUACACUCUCUCUUUCUCGUUCUCUCUUCCAUGGAGAUCUUCUCACUACCUUCUCUGUUCCUUCUCUCCACACUCUUCGUCUUCUACAUCAUCAAGUUUCUCAACAAAAGAAACCGAAGAAACUGUUACAUGCUUCACUACGAGUGCUUCAAGGGCAAAGACGAGAGAAAACUCGACACCGAGACAUGUGCCAAAGUCGUUGAACGAAACAAGCACUUAGGUCUCGAAGAGUACAGGUUUCUUCUACGUACGAUGGCUAGUUCAGGCAUAGGAGAAGAAACCUACGGCCCAAUAAACGUCCUCCAAGGCAGAGAGGCCUCUCCUACUCUCCUCGACGCUUACUCCGAGAUGGACGAGAUCAUGUUCGACACCCUAGACAAGCUUUUCCACAAGACAAAGGGCUUUGUCUCUCCUUCGGAUAUAGACAUUCUCGUUGUCAACGUCUCUCUCUUCGCUCCAUCUCCUUCUCUAACCUCACGUGUCAUCAACAGAUACAAGAUGAGAGAAGACGUCAAGUCCUUCAACCUCUCGGGCCUCGGGUGUAGCGCGAGCGUUAUAUCGAUAGAUAUAGUCCAACGCAUAUUCGAAACGCGGGAAAACGCGUUUGCGCUCGUGGUUAGCACCGAGACGAUGGGUCCUCACUGGUAUUGCGGUAAAGAUAGGUCGAUGAUGUUGUCAAACUGUUUAUUCCGAGCUGGAGGAAGCUCUGUGCUGUUAACCAACGCGGCUAGGUUCAAGAACAGGGCUUUGAUGAAGCUAGUGACCGUGGUACGUGCACACGUGGGGUCUGAAGACGAGGCUUACUCGUGCUGCAUGCAGAUGGAGGACAAAGAUGGUCACCCAGGUUUCCUCCUAACCAAGUACCUUAAAAAAGCAGCUGCUCGUGCCCUAACCAAGAACCUCCAAGUCCUCCUCCCAAGAGUCUUGCCUGUCAAGGAACUGAUCAGGUACGCGAUAGUACGUGCGCUUAAACGAAGAACCACCACAAAAAGAGAGUCUACGAGCUCUGGAAUAGGUCUAGACCUGAAGACAGGGUUGCAACAUUUUUGUAUUCACCCUGGAGGAAGAGCUAUUAUCGAAGGGGUGGGAACAAGCUUAGGGCUCACGGAGUUCGACAUAGAGCCAUCGAGAAUGGCACUUCAUAGGUUCGGUAAUACGUCAUCUGGUGGUUUAUGGUAUGUUCUUGGUUACAUGGAAGCUAAGAAGAGGCUAAAGAAAGGUGACAAGAUCCUAAUGAUGAGUAUGGGAGCUGGGUUCGAGUCUAACAACUGUGUUUGGGAGGUUCUUAAGAAUCUUGAUGGUAAAAAUGUUUGGGAAGAUUCCAUGGAUCGAUAUCCGGAACUGUCCAAGAUCCCUAAUCCGUUUGUUGAGAAGUAUGACUGGAUCAAUGACGAUACCAUGAGCUUUAUUCGUGUUUGAUCCAUAACAAGUAAGCGAGGAGAAAUAUAUUUAUGAAAUAUUGUGUGUUUGAAGUUUGUAUUAUUUGUAAUAUGUUUAGACCGACAAGUUGCUAUAGCCGACUAUUUUCUACUCUCCCCCCCCCCCCCCCAUUUUGAAUUUAAAAUAAAAGUAAUAAUUGACAAAUAUACUCGCAGUUAUUACUA